AACAGCGCUCCAUGUAGUUAUGCUGGCCACAUGACCUUGGAGGCGUCUACGGACAAUGCUGGCUCUUCUGCUUAGAAAUAGAGAUGAGCACCAAUCCCCAGAGUUGGACAUGACUGGACUUCCAGGGAGAAACUUUACUUUUACCUUUACAGAGGCCAACUCACUGUUUUGUUGGGCUGAAAAGCAUUUGGCAGAGUACAUUUGAGGCAAAUUGAAUCUUUAGGCCAUUUAUUUAAACAGACAUGCAGUUCACCCAGAGUCCUUCCACACAACCAUAUAACCCAAAAUAUCAAGGCAGAAAAUCCCACAAUAUCUGCUUUGAACUGGGUUAUCUGAGUCCACACUGUCAUAUUUUCCAGUUCAAAGCAGAAAACAUGGGAAAAGCCAAUUGGUGGGAAGCUGAAAUCCUGCUCAUAUUUCUUUUAAUAGCCUGCUAUUUUUUAUACCAGGAGCUGUGGCCUAUACAUAGCAGAAGAAGGAACUGGCAAAGGCACCUUUAAGGAGCCUUGGCCUAAGGAAAGACCUAAGGCCUGGGAUCCGCCUUCCUGGGCGGAGCAGAGCCUGAGGCAAAGGAGAGGGAGCCUUCGAGGAGGAGAGCUGGAGGCCUUUGGGGAGCAGGCCGCGAGGGACGAGGUUAAAGGCUAUUUAUGGUCAAGCCUUGAUCAUGGAUGUAAUGCUGCAGAAGGAUGAACUCACAAAAGUCACAUUCACACCACCAUUGUACAAACAACGCUAUCAUUUUGUAAAACAGUUGGUGAGUGAACAUAAGCCUAAAAAGGUAGCUGAUUUGGGAUGUUCCGAGUGCAAGCUGCUCUGGAUGCUGAAAUUCUGCAACUGCAUUGAGGUGCUUGUGGGAGUAGAUAUCAGUGAAGAGGUGAUGAAGGAAAAAAUGCAUACGUUGUCUCCCCUUCCUGUUGACUACCUCCAGCCGAGUGAAAGAUCUCUCACAGUUGUCCUCUAUCGAGGUUCGGUUGCUCACAAAGACCCUUGUAUGUUGGGCUUUGAUAUGAUUACAUGUAUUGAAUUAAUAGAACACCUUGAGGCAAAUGAAUUAGAGACCUUUCCUGAAGUGGUAUUUGGUUUUAUGUCUCCAACUAUGAUUGUAAUUAGCACACCAAAUUCAGAAUUUAAUCCUUUACUUCAAACUGUAACCUUAUUCAGACAUCCAGAUCACAAAUUUGAAUGGAAUCGAGCACAAUUUCAGAAUUGGGCCCAAGAAAUUGCUGCUCGCUAUGAUUAUAUGGUGGAAUUUACUGGGUUAGGAGUCCCACCUCCUGGAAAAGAUGUUGGAUUUUGUACACAAAUAGGAGUGUUUGUGAGAAAAUAUCUAAAGCAUGUGGAACCUAACAUAUGUGAGAAACAUCAAGACCAUGUUUAUAAAACUGUUUUCAAAGUCGUGUAUCCAAGCCUUAAAGAGGAGAAGUACUUGCGGAAUGCAGUAGUGAAUGAAGUACAUCGGACAGCAGAAAUAAUUGCAAGGAGACUAUGGAACCAAAGAUGGUCUCAAUAUAAAAAGCAUUAUAAUGACCCUGUGGAAACAGAACCCCAAUUCCAAUCACAUCGUUGUUUCCGAAAUUAUUUGGAGUAUCUUUCUGUACCGGAACCUGACAGUGCAAGUAUUCAGCCCUUUAUGAAUGGAAACACAGCUCACAUACCCCUUGUAAAAAUAUUUUCUUUUCCCAAAGUGAAGCAACUUUGUGGGAAUUAUGAAACACUUCGGAGGUUUGUAGCUGGCAACAUUGCACUGAGCAGUGAUGAGUCUGCAGUGGUGAUAGUCACUGAUUAUGAAGAUGACGAGCAGAAGGAUUUCGCAGAUAUGUCUUAAAAUACUUGUACUUGUUCAUUAUUAGAAGAAAUGUUAAUAGAACACAGGUAAUAAUAAUAAUAACAAUAAUAAUAAUAAUACUUUAUUCUUCUAUCCUGCCACCAUCUCCCCGGGGCGGCUAACAUGGGGCAGAGCCCAACACAGAAACAAGAAUAACAAAACACAUAUCAAUGACUAAAAACAAUAGUACAACAAUCAAGUAAAAUAAUCAGUUAAAAACAUACCAUAUAGUAAAACAUAAAAUGACCAAGCAAGUUAAGGCAAUAAUAUCAACAUCACCACUAUGGAUAAAAGGGUCGAACUCAAGAAUGCAUAGUUCCAAGGGCUUUUGAUAAAGUGCAUUGACAAGUGUCAGGGAGGCAGUUGAGAUAAUGUGGGGUAGGAUAAAUAGGAAGGAAAAUAAAGUGCUGGAUAAUAUGCAUAAGUUAUAGGGGACUGUCAAAUUGGUGGUUAUUUAAACACAUGCUGGCAGUGCCAUGUCUUCAGCUGUUUGAUAAAGACAGACAGGGUUGGGGCCAGUCUAAUCUCCCUACGAAGGGAGUUCCAGAGCUGAGGGGCCACUACAGAGAAGGCCCUCUUCCUCGUUCCAGCAAGCCAUGCCUGCGAUAGUGACGGGAAUGGGAGGAGGGCCUUCCUUGAAGAUCCAAGAGAUUGUGCAGGUUCAUAGGGGGAAAGGUGGUCGCAAAGGUAAACGGGUCCCAAACCGUUUAGGGCUUUAUAGGAAAUUACCUGCACCUUGAAUUGGGACCGGAAAAUGACCAGCAGCCAGUGGAGCUCCUUGAACAGAGGAGUUGAUCGCUUCCUGUAAGUUGCUCCAGUUAGUAGUCUGGCUGCCGAUCGUUGAAUAAGUUCUAGUUUCCAGGCCAUCUUCAAGGGCAGCCCCACGUAGAGUGCAUUGCAAUUAAUUUAUCCUGGAGGUAACUAAGGCAUGGACCACCAUGGCCAAGUCAGGUAGGUAACAAUUCAAAACAAUGACUUGCAUCUCAAACUAAUCACUGCCUCUUUGCUUUGAAGUAGACUGUAAUUAUCCACAUUAUUUUCACUAUGAAGUUGGACUUGUUUUCAUUUGAUCUCACUUUCACAGCAAUGCAAAUCAUUGGCAACUACUUUUCACUGUAUGUGUCUGAUAACAGAAAAUGGUAAUGUUCAUUAACUUUAUUUUACUGAAAGAAAUUGGUUAUUUUAAAGAGCUCUUACAAACAAGAGUUUGUACGAUGUCUUAAUACCAUUUAAGUUUCAAUGUGGCAGUAAGCUUUGUUCCACAAACUAAAAAUAGCUGUAAUUGUGCCCCACCCCCCAAAAUGGGCUUCUUCGAUGCAAUGUUUGUGUUACUCUUUCCUUGCGCAGUACAGAUAUUCAUUUGUAAAUUUUAACAACACGCAACUAGUGAUAAAAAGAGUGUUUGAACUUGCGAUUUUGAGCCAGGAGGUGGCGUGCUCUCUUGCAACAAACAGUAAUAUUGCUUUUUCUAAGUAAUGAGGUGAAAAAACUGCUGCUAAUCCAGGCCAUGCACCCUAAUAAAAAUGAGGUGUCUUGAUUAUUUGCAUUUUUCAAAAGAUGCAUCCAGAAAAAAGGAAUAAAGGUCUACUCGUAUCUUGUCCCAUAUCAUCUACCAAUAAAAUGUGCAAACGGGCACACGUGUUGGCACUAAUAGCAGAGCUAUAUAGAAGGAAGAUUUUCAUUUUCUGAAUUACAAAUUAUUGCAAGAGUAAGCUGAACCCACACAUCAAUGUGGGAUAGGGGAAACACUUCUUUAACCAGAGAGAACACCUCUUUAAGAAUCUGCGUUGUUCAGGGCCACUCUACGGCCAACUGUUGACAGAAGUUAGCCAUAGAGUCACCUUGAAGGACCUAGAGAGAAAACAUUGAUCAAAUAAAAAAAAAGUUAGCCUUGCAAAUGUGUAGGUCUGGCUGAAUAUUAUCUUCCAGACUGGUCUUCCAAGGCCUUGCAUAUUUUAAUAUUAAAGCCCUUUCAUUUUCCUGGAAUCUUCUAACUGUGCUUAACGUGCUUUAUUUUAUCUGCUUGAAAAUGUUGUUUUUAUAUGUAUUUAAUUUUGUUUAUUAUUUGUUCUUUGGGCUUGGCCCCGUGUUAGCUACCCUGAGUCCCUACGGGGAGAUGGUCGCAGGAUAGAAAAAUAAAGUAUGAUUAUUAUUAUUAUUAGCUGUAGUGUAAACAUUUUAGGAAAUGGGUAAAGAAAACCCCAUAGGAGAUUUGUAUUGUGAACUAAUAAUAUCAAAGAGGUUUAAAGAAAAAUAUUGCUGAAGAGCUUAGAUUGAAAAUAUUGAUUUAAUUCAUAACCUCUUAUGAAAGAAAUGCAAAGAAAAUUCUUUUUCUGCUUGAAUUGUACAAAAGUGUAGAGCUUGUCUGUCCCUUUUUAUGUUACAACCACAAGUAUCUUUCUUUGGUUCUUUUCUUAAGAAAUCACAAAUAAAGGUUGAAGACAAAAACUUUUAUUGAA